AUGGCUUCCAGGUUAGAGGAAGAUUUCUGCUGUCCGGUCUGUAAGGAAGUCUUUAGAGAUCCUGUCAUGCUGUCCUGCUGCCACAGCUUCUGUAAAGCCUGUCUGCAGACCUGGUGGACGGGGAAAGAAGUAAAGGAGUGUCCAGUCUGUAAGACAGAAUCUUCAAGAAGAAAUCCCCCCUGUAACCUGGCUUUAAAGAACCUGUGUGAGACCUUCUUACAGGAGAGAGAUCAAAACCACAGAUUCAGACCCAUGGAUGAAGCUGCUCAGGAUCUCAGAGAGGAGCUCCAGAAGUCUCUGCAGCCCUUUCAGGAGAAACUGAAGCUCUUUGAAGAAGUUAAAGUGAAGUUUGAUCAAACAGCAGGACACCUGAAGCUGCCCUCAGGAGCUCUGAUAGACCAGGCCAAACACCUGGGCAACCUCAGCUUCAACAUCUGGAGCAAGAUGAAGGACAUGGUGUCCUACUCUCCUCUCAUCCUGGACCCAAACACUGCUCAUAGAGGACUCGUCCUGUCUGAAGAUCUGACCAGAAAAGAUGCAAAGACGGCCGCCUUGCAAAAGACUAACCAAGAACUCAAACAACAAAAGGAGCGUUGUCUUGAGGAGAAAUCUGUAGAGAUAGUUGCUCUGCGUGAGAGAAACCAGGAACUCCAACAACAAAAGGUUCAUUGUGUUGAGGACAAAGCUGUAAAGAUAGCUGAUUUGCGUGAGAGAAACCAGGAACUCAAACAACUGAAGGAGCGUUGUGUUAAGGAGGAGGCAAAGAUGGCCGCCUUGCAAACAACAAACCAGGAACUCAAACAACAAAAGUUGCGUUGCGUUGAGGAGAAAGAUGCAGAGAUAGCUGCUUUGCUGAAGGAAAACCAAACACUGAAACAAGAGAAGGAACGUUGUGUGGUGGAGGAGGCGAAGGUGGACAAGAAAGAGGUUGUGGAGGUGAAAGUGGAACCAGAAGUGAGGCACGAUGUGAAAAUGAAUGCCCUGGAAAUUGAGCAGAAAGUCUUGCGCGGAAACAAUGAGGAACUGAACAUGAAAUAUGGAAAGCUCCUCAAGAUGCACGAGAAGGACAAAGCAGUGAUGGCCACCUUGAGAAAGUUACCUUUGUAUUGA